AAAUUCGUUGCUGCUGCUAUAAGGGUUUUUCUAGAUUGUCUUUGAAUAUUCAGAGAAAAUCCCUUGAAGUACCCAUACUGGGCCUUCUGGAGGACACAGUUGCCUCGGGGCUUUGUGGAGGGUUUCUGUGUGAAUACUUCUUCAAACGUUUUGCACAGGUUUAUUGUAGAAUAAGCAUGUUGCAAGUAAAUAUGUACAUAACUGAUACUCCAUUUAUUAAACUUGCUACAAAUACAAAAUGUUCUUCCAGGGUUUCCAAGUACCACGUCAGGUGGCAAAGAAAAAGAUAGUGGAAGAACCUGCAUUGCCAUCUACAUCUGAAGGUCCUCUCUCAUUCUUCCCCUGCCAAUUCUAUGCGUCUUCUCCUUUAUUUUCUGUUCCUUGCAAAAAAAAGGAAGAUACCGUCUUACUCCCAAAUUUAAAUGAGGAUGUGUCUACAAAUAAUACUAAAAAUGCUGAGCCGGUUAGUUUUCUGGCUUCUACCUCUUUAGACGAUGAACAUGAAGUAGUACAGAAUAAAAAACACAGUACUGACAGCAUAGCUGUUGAAUAUUUGAAGCCAAGAUUUCAGUUAGAAAAUGCACCGGUCAACUCAAGGUACCAUGCAGUUCCGCAGAACAUUCGAAGCAAGGCUCAAAUUGUAGCACUUUUGAACCAUGACCAGAACACUUCCAGGGGACUAGAAAAUGAAACUACUGCCUCACUGAAAAAUCUACAGUUUACACUGAUGCAAUCAGAAUCCAACCCAGAAGUUCUGCCUUUAGUUGAGCCAUUAGUAAGCACAGACUCUUUGCUAAAAAAUAAGAAAGCAUCUUUCUCUAGCUUCACAAACAAUACUAGUGGAGAAACUACUAAACAUAUGUACCCACAGCACAUCUCAGAAAAAACUGUGCAAACAAAAAGCCGUUGGGAUGCUUAUAUGCCAUCAUGUUUAUCUGCUGUACGUAAUACAGAACACAACGAAGAGAAUGCUAGUGAUUUGCAACCAGUUCAAAAGGGCUUAAACGAGAGUGACUAUGUAAACAGAAGCCAAUACAAUGACCAUAAAAGGAUUCCACAAAUGCCUUCUUCCUGGAAAAUUGAUAUUUCUCCUGUUAGUAAAAGUUCUAUUGAAAGUCAGCCAUGUGACCUUUUACCAGCUGAAUCCUUCAUGAAUGAAAGCAGUAACGCUGAAUUCAGUUCAUUUGAUAAUGCUAAUUUGAACUGUGGAAAUGCGUUCAAAACAUUUGAAGACACAUUAUCGGAAUCAAGCAGACAUGGACAAAUUGAUAAUUUGGAAAGGAGUUGUCCAUACCUGCAAAACAAAUCAUGUGCAAUUAUGUGUUCUGAACGUUUUUCAAACAGAUCUACAGAUGCUGACUUUGGCAGUCCAGGAAAACAGUUUACAGAGGUUAAUUUUAAUCUUUUAAAGAUGCUGGAUUUUAGUGACACAGAAGAUAAUGAGCCUAAUGUAAAUAGCAUUGUUUCGCAAGGUUCUGUAUGUCUAAAGCAGGAAAUUAAACACCCACUUGAGGUCGAUGCUCAAAAAAACUGUGAUGUAACUGCAUGCAGUAGUGAAAAGAAAGACAAUAUGCAGUUAAUGUUUCUACAAGAUCAUGAUUUGUAUAGGAUCUCAGGAUCUCAGCCAUUACAUCUUUGCGAUGAGAUUUCUGCAAAGCCUGUUAAAAUUAAGGAAAAUAGCAUAGCUCUUUGGGGGGGGAAAUGGCAAAAUUCAGAAGUUUCAAUUAAUGAAAAGAUAGAUACAAGUAUGAUACAUGCUCAGAAUAUGGAUGUUCACCAGCAAUUGCUUUGUGCUGGCAGAAGCUUGUUAAUGGAGAGUGGUGCAGACUGUGAAAUGCAUGAUAUUAAACAAAAUUUUGCUGAAGUAUUUUGUCCUGAAGAGGUGCAGAUGCCUUGCCUGCAUUCUGACUCUCCAAAUUUGCCUCUAGGUUCAAGGAAACUUUCAGAAGAUGAUCUCAGUAACAGUGGAACUAAAACAUUUAAAAAGGAAUUCAACCUUUUUGAAGAAGUCGAUAAUAAAUUUUUAACAAAGACUGUGUCUUUUAAACCGCCACGUCAGAUUGUGACAAAUUUUUCCUCAAAUCUAGAUUUGGACUUCAAGAAAUGUGCUUCGGUGGAGUUUAAUGAGGACACCUCUGGACUGUAUUUCCCUAGGGUGAAUAUGGUAAAGGAUACUAAUGUACCUAAAAGGCAGAGAUACAUCCCAGUUGAGUUUCAGUCACCAGCACACUAUAGGAAGGUUUUUACUACUGCAUUGAUUGAACAUUUAAACAUAUUAUUGUUUGAACUAUCACAAAAGCUACAUAAUGCUCUUGGGAAAGUGGAUAUAUCUUUCUAUACAUCAGUGAAAGAAGGGCAACGAGAGAAUUCUGCACCUGUCUGCAGCCACAAAAUAGCAACUAAACUUGUUAUGGUUAGAAAAGAAGGCCGAAAUAAGGGUCGUCUUUUCUAUGCUUGUGAUGCUGCUAAAGGAGAUCAAUGUGAUUUUUUUAAGUGGCUUGAGGAUGUAAAACCUAUAAGGAUGGAGAGUAAACCUCGUAUUAUACUUCAUGAUAUAAAGAGCAUUGCAACUUAUCUCAGAUGUCAAAGAAUUUCUAUCUAUGAAGAAUGCCAGCUUCUAAUAAGGAAAACUUUUGAUAUUCAAAGAAAACAGUCUGGUAAGCUGAAGAGAUGUAAUGUUGCAAAGGCUAGCUUUGAUUGUGUUUCCAAGAGCAAAUUAUUUCUUAAACUGAACCGGAAGGAGCACUCCUCUACGUACAGCAAAGAUGAUCUUUGGGUUGUUUCCAAGACUUUGACCUUUGAACCCUUGGACACGUUCAUUGCAUAUAGUGUUUUCUUUGGACCAUCCUCUAGCAGUGAAGUGGAGCUGGAACCUCUCAGUGGUUAUAGCCCCUCAAAUUGGUGCUCAAAUAUGAUUGUUCAUGCCUUGCUCGUGUGUAAUGCUAGCACUGAACUUACAAAUUUGAGAAAUAUACAGGAAAAUGUCAGUUCAAUCACUUUGCCAAUCAUGCAACAUCUACUUGCAAAGACUUUCAAAGAGUUCUCUCCAAAAACCAAAGAGAGGAAACAAAAGUUUAAACCUCCAGUGCUAAAUACAAACGCAAUAACCUCUGAAGCUUUCAGCCCAGAAAUAGUUAUAAAUCUUGCUGGUAAAAUUAUUCAGGAUUUUCAGCUAAAUAAGGAUCAGGCCACAGCAGUGAUGCAGAUAGGUGCCAUGAUGACAUCACAGGAAAUUAAUACAGAAACAGGGAAAUAUCAGACGUUUCCAAUAACAAUAAUACACGGUGUAUUUGGAUCUGGAAAAAGCUUGUUGCUGGCUAUUGUUAUUUUAUUCCUGGUACAAAUAUUUGAAAUCAGUGAAGCAGCUAAUGGCAAAAGGUCAGUGCCAUGGAAAGUAUUAGUUUCUUCUUCCACAAAUGUUGCUGUAGACAGAAUACUGUUGAGCCUACUAGACAUUGGAUUUGAAGACUUCAUUAGAGUGGGAAGCAUUAAAAAAAUUGCAAAGCCAAUACUUCCUUACAGCUUGCAUGCUGGCUCAGGACCUGAAAAUGAACAGCUGAAAGAAUUAUUUUCCUUGAUGAAGGAAGAUUUAAGCCCAGUGGAAAAAAUCUUUGUAAAGAAGACUAUUGAACAUCAUAAGUUGGGCACCAAUAAAGCUUCCCUGAAAAAGGUGAGGGUAGUGGGUUCUACCUGUGCUGCCUGCUCGUUUCCAUGCAUGAAAGAUCUUAAGUUUCCUAUAGUGAUUCUAGAUGAGUGUAGUCAAAUGACAGAACCUUCCUCUCUGCUCCCUAUUGCACGCUUUGAAUGUGAAAAGCUGAUUCUUGUUGGAGAUCCUAAGCAGCUACCACCUACCAUUCAAGGGUCUGAAAGUGCACAUGACAGUGGUUUGGAACAAACUCUCUUUGAUCGACUCUGUUUGAUGGGCUAUGGGUCUAUAUUACUUAGGACACAGUAUCGUUGUCACCCUGUUAUUGCUGCUAUAACUAAUGAACUAUUUUAUGAAGGAAUUAUGUUGAAUGGAAUUCCUGAAACAGAUCGAAGUCCUCUCAUGGACUGGCUACCAACAUUGUGUUUUUAUAACGUUAAUGGAUCAGAACAAAUCGAGACAGACAACAGUUUCCACAAUAUGGCAGAAUCUCUUUUCAUUGUCAAAUUAAUACAGUCUCUGAUCGCCAGUGGAGUCGAUGGAUCUAUGAUUGGGGUAAUAACCCUCUACAAAUCCCAAAUGAGUAAGAUCCGUAACUUGUUUGGUGCUGUACACAUGGAUGCUGCCCAAAUAAAGACUGUCCAGGUGUCUACGGUUGAUGCUUUUCAGGGAGCAGAGAAAGAAAUAAUUGUUUUAUCUUGUGUAAGGACAAGACAAGUUGGCUUCAUAGAUUCAGAAAAGCGAGUUAAUGUGGCUCUGACAAGAGGAAAGAGACAUUUAUUGAUAGUAGGAAAUCUAAACUGUUUAAGAAAGAACAAAUUGUGGGGAAGUGUUAUUCAGCACUGCACAGGGAGAAGGAAUGGAUUACAACAUGCUAGCCAAUGUGAGCAGCAACUGAAAGAUAUCAUUAAAUCUUAUUUCACAAGGAAGGCGGAAGAAGAAAUCAACAUGGAAAAGGAAAAAUCUAAAAAUGAAUCACUUUCACAAAAACCAAACACAUAAAAAUAUUGGGUUACAUCAUAUCAAUAGUUUCAUUUUGGAGAUAAUUUAAAUAUAAUAAAUAGCUUUAUAACAAGAUCAUUUCUAAUGAAAGCUAACUUACUAGGAACUGUACAUUCCGUGUCAACAUACUUUUUCCUAAUACAUAGCUAAUUCUUGUACUGCUCUGAAAGUACCAUGGGACUAAAUAAACUCAGAAUUUAAA